UCUGUCCAGCCAGCUCAACUCCACUUAACCACCACAACUCUUCAGAGGGAUGUCUUUCCUAUAAGUUUACCAAACUGACGCAUUGACCCAAGUUCUACAACUUUAAACUCUAUUAAUUACUCUUGGCUUACUUUUAAGCAGUCUUUAAGGUCACUUGUUUGAGGAUAAGUAGUGCGCGACAAUUUUAGAGUAGACAGGCGCGUACUGAAACAUCCCAUUUGGAUUAUAGUUUCUGUUUCUCGUCUUUCAGUAGAGAAAACCCGACUCGUGAUGGUUGUCCUGUCACUUAGGUUACUAAUGGUAGGAGUUGUAGUAAGUCUGACUUCAGCUCAUCUGGCUGGUGAAAGUAUAGAUAAAGAAGACUUGUUGAAGAUCCGUCUGAAAGAAUAUGGCCUCAUUACUCCCAUCAGUACAGACGCAGAGGGACACUACCUCUCGCAUCUUCUCUCGGCCAAUCACAAGCAGCGUGUGAAGCGGGAAGUUUUGGAAGGGUUAGCACAAGCGGUAGACAGGCUGUUCUUUAACAUCACUGUCUUUGGCAAGGAAUUCCACCUCCGACUACAUCCCAACCAAAGAUUAUUGGCUCCAGGAGCCAUGGUGGAAUGGCACGAUGAGAUCGAAAUAGCUGGGAAUGCGACUGAGAAUGGAACCGACUCGGAGAGAAUACUCAGAAGAGAGUUGCUGAAAACUGACUGCACUUUUAUAGGGGACAUCACGGAUGUUCCUGGAGCCUCUGUCGCCAUUAACAACUGUGAUGGGCUGGCUGGUAUGAUUCGCACUGAUUCUGAUGAGUACUUCAUUGAGCCUCUGGAGCGAGGAACACAGGAACACGAGGAGAGGGGAAGAGUUCAUGUGGUGUAUCGAAGGUCUGCAGUAUUGCAAGCGCCUUCAGACAUCUCCUUGGAUUACCAGCCAAUCGAGCCUGAAUUGGAUGCACCAAGAGUGCUGGACAAUAUUGCUAAACAAGUCAACCAGACAGUCAGGAGGCGGAGACACGCUGGUGGUGAUGAUGACUACAACAUUGAGGUGCUGCUUGGGGUAGAUGAUACUGUUGUCCGUUUCCAUGGGAAAGAGCAUGUGCAAAACUAUCUCCUCACCCUGAUGAAUAUUGUGAAUGAGAUCUACCAUGAUGAAUCAUUAGGAGUGCACAUUAAUGUCGUGCUUGUGAGGAUGAUCAUGCUUGGCUAUGCUAAGUCCAUCAGUCUCAUUGAGGGUGGCAACCCUUCGCGAAGCCUAGAAAACGUGUGCCGCUGGGCAGUCAUCCAACAGAAAGAGGAUCCAGAGCACUCCGAGCAUCACGACCACGCCAUCUUCUUGACCCGGCAAGGCUUCGGCCCCACCGGCAUGCAAGGAUAUGCCCCUGUCACCGGGAUGUGCCACCCUGUCCGCAGCUGUACCCUCAAUCAUGAAGACGGCUUCUCUUCUGCCUUUGUUGUAGCCCAUGAGACAGGACAUGUACUGGGAAUGGAGCAUGACGGGCAGGGCAACCGCUGCGUUGACGAAACAGCCAUGGGAAGUGUCAUGGCCCCUCUGGUGCAAGCAGCCUUCCACCGCUACCACUGGUCGAUGUGCAGUGGGCAAGAGCUGAAGAGAUACAUUCAUUCAUAUGACUGCCUGCUGGACGAUCCCUUCAAACAUGACUGGCCGCAGCUCCCUGAACUUCCCGGCAUCAAUUACUCCAUGGAUGAGCAGUGUCGCUUCGAUUUUGGAGUUGGAUUCAAAAUCUGUACUUCAUUUCGUACAUUUGAUCCAUGCAAGCAGCUGUGGUGCAGUCAUCCAGAUAAUCCUUACUUCUGCAAGACCAAAAAAGGGCCUCCAUUGGACGGGACUGAAUGUGCACCUGGAAAGUGGUGCUACAAAGGUCACUGCAUGUGGAAGAAUGCCAACCAAGUGAAGCAAGAUGGAGCCUGGAGUGCCUGGAGCAAGUAUGGCUCCUGUUCUCGCUCCUGCGGGACAGGCGUCCGCUUCAGAACCCGCCAGUGCAACAACCCUGUUCCAUCUAAUGGAGGUCAGGACUGUCCAGGGGUGAACUAUGAGUACCAGCUGUGUAACAUAGAUGAUUGCCCCAAACACUUUGAGGACUUCAGAGCCCAGCAAUGUCAACUUCGCAACUCCCACUUUGAAUACCAGAACGCCAAACACCAUUGGCUUCCCUACGAACACUCAGAUGCCAACAAAAGAUGUCAUCUUUAUUGCCAGUCAAAAGAAACAGGUGACGUGGCUUACAUGAAGCAGCUGGUGCAUGAUGGGACAAGGUGCUCUUACAAAGACCCGUAUAGCAUCUGUGUGCGUGGAGAUUGUGUGAAAGUGGGCUGUGACAGGGAAAUUGUCUCCAGUAAGGUGGAGGAUAAGUGUGGUGUGUGUGGGGGUGACAACUCCCACUGCCGAACUGUGAAAGGAACCUUCACUCGUGUGCCCAAGAAAGCCGGUUACCUAAAGAUGUUUCUCAUUCCUCCUGGGGCUAGACAUGUGAUCAUACAAGAACAUGAGGCUUCUCCUCAAUUUCUUGCUAUCAAGAACCAGGCAACAGGGCAUUACAUUCUCAACGGCAAGGGAGAAGAUGCGAGAUCUCGGCGCUUCAUCGAGAUGGGAGUGGAGUGGGACUACCUAAUUGAGGACGAUGUCGAGACUCUUCACACUGAUGGUCCACUACAUGAUGCAAUUGUUGUUUUGAUUAUACCUAAAGACAACGAGACGAGGUCCACACUAAUGUACAAAUACAUCGUCCACGAAGAUUCAGUGCCCCUUAACAACAAUAAUGUCAUUCAGGAGGACACAUAUGAGUGGGCACUCAAGAGCUGGUCCCAGUGUUCAAGACCUUGUGCUGGAGGAUUCCAAUACACCAAAUAUGGAUGUCGUAAGAAAGGUGACAACAAAAUGGUGCACAGAGGCUACUGUGACAUCAACAAGAAACCCAAACCUAUUCGAAGAAUGUGUAACUUACAGGACUGCACACAACCACAAUGGAUCACAGAGGAGUGGGAACAUUGUACUAAAACCUGUGGGAGCUUGGGAUACCAAAUCCGCACCGUGCGCUGUGUCCAGUUCCUUCAUGAAGGAACAAACCGCUCCAUCCACAGCAAGUACUGCAGCGGGGAAAAGCCUGAGAUCAGGAGGCCAUGUAACAGAGUGCCCUGCCCUGCCCAAUGGGGAACCAAGACCUGGUCAGAGUGCUCGGUGUCCUGUGGAGAGGGUGUGGCGCGACGUCUGGUCACAUGUCGCAUUGGAGAUCAAUGCACCGGUGAGAAGCCUGAGUCGCACAGGCCCUGCAGGCCAGGACCCUGCCAUGAUGAGCCAUGCGGAGGAGACAAGUCCAUAUUCUGUCAGAUGGAGGUUCUGGCUCGUUAUUGCCCGAUACCAGGUUACAACAAGCUCUGCUGUGAAUCCUGCAAUAAGCGAAGUGGCACUUUUGCUCCUCUUCUGCACGAAGCUGCUAAGAAGGAGGAGGAACUUCGCUUCGGUUCAGCCUCCCAACUUCUGGAGACACUCUCAGCCUCUGUAAAUAGAACUCUGAAAGUCCCUCAGCAGCACCAGCGGGGAUCCUCGUCACAAGGCCAAUUUGCCAAGCAGACCGCCACUCCCCCGCCUCGCAAAUCCAAUACCGAGAACAGCAAGACUCAAAAGCACCUGAAACCCGGUGCGAGGAAUCUGCCUGCAAUGACAAUCCAUAGCUCGUGGAACAAGGACGCCGCUAAAGAUGCACCAUGGCAGCUGGAAAGUUUCCAAGAGAGUCAGUGGCCGACAGCAUCAUCCGAGGUGGAGCGAUGAAGGCUAGUUUGUCUCUUUCUUCCUCUGGACUCUCUCUUAUUUGUUUGUUGUAGACAUAGACCUUUAACAUUCAUCUUUCCCUUCACAUCCUCCUCAAGAUAUAUUUAAAAGCAAGAGAGAGUAAAGUGCUGGUUCACUUUCAAAUGUUCUCAAUUCCCCCGCCAGCAGUAUUUGUUUUUUAAAACACACUUGUCAAUCACACACUGUUGUGAUGGGGAACGUGCCAAAGAAGUUCUUAUGAUGAUCCUCUCAGCAGUCUGGUCUAUGGGGGUUUGGUGCGCCUACACGAAGAGACUCCAGUGGUACUCGUGAGGAAAUGCUUGUAGUUGUAUCAAACUUCACAAUCUUUAAAGUAUUAUUUUUACCAGGUCCAAACAUGUUUGACCAAUUCAUAUUUAUGAAUGUUCCUGUAAAUACUGUAUAUGGGAAAUGUCAGUAUUAUUUUAUACAUAAUGAGGAUUUAAAAAAUAAGAGAUUCAGGAGCAUUAUUGGUGCUUUUUAAAUUAAGAACACUUUAAUAAUAUGUUAGGAAAUCAGCCAUGAGUUCAGCACUGAAGAAUAUAUAUUCCAAAACCGUGUGAGCCCCAGGAACAAACAUCAGUGAAAUUAAAAUAGCCAUAAAAGAUCUACUUUCAAUUAGAAAGUAUUUCAUUCAUUAAUCAGCCUCUCAGCAAGUCAUCGAUCAAAUGAAUUCUCAAAGACUGUGAAAAAAGAUUGUUUUCCUCGUUUCCCCAUGAUGUUGAGGAUUUUCUUUGACACUUGCCUCUUAGAUUUCCCUUAUUUUGUGUAAUGAGUUCACCUUUGCAGCCAGAAGUUUGUUUAGCCAACGACAACAUUGAACGUAAACAUCAUGUCAAGCAGCUUCACCAUGAU